AUGGCUGAUCACACAAGUUUCGCCACCUUUAAAGGCCACCAACUACCUCGCGCGUUCUUUGAGGCAGAUGGUGUAGAGACUGCUAUGAACCCACACCUAGUGUUUGGUUACCACCAUGGCCCUAUUAUUGACCCUAACCCAAACUGGAAGCCCGUGGCCUGGCAUACAGCCCACCUGGCAACCCUCGUUUGCCCAGUGGUGGAGAACCCACCCGUGCACCAGUGCGGCCAAACAUUUGAGUCGCAGCCCGACUUUCGUCGGCAUAUGCGUCAGGUGCAUACCGGCUGCUUUGUUAAUCCUGACCGCAAACCUAUAUCACGUGAAGAGCGUGUCGAGGGUCAGAAUACUCUUGUCAACUAUGUUCGCAGUGGGCAGUGGAGUCAGGAUGUUUUCAUGAACGAACCAGGCCGCGGCCCAGCGGCCGGCCCGAUUGGCCACUACGCUGAUAACCUGACUAAUAUUGCCCGACAUGACCGCUACUGGCGCCAGGGAUACGGUUCUAAUUACAAUCGCGAGCAGCAACCCGUCACACCUACUAGUGGCGGACGUAGCAGACGCCGCGGACAAAACCCUCCUCCGAACCCCGUUCCAUUUAUGACCCCCACUCAGCUGCAUGUGGCCGACGGCAUGAGUACUACCCCUGACGACUCUAGCGAGGAGGAGUAUAUCUCCGAUGAUAACGGUAAUGAAGAUGGAAAUAGAGAUGGCGACGGUAAUGGAGAUAGUGAUAGCGACAGAGAAGGUACCGGAGGUGGUGAUAGUGCUGAUGAUAGUGCUUUUGCACCUGCUUCUCCUUAG